AUGUACAAAUUGAAGAUGUUGUUUUUCCUGGGGACAAUUUUUUUCACCCUGGUUCUUUUUUCCUAUUUUUCCUUUUUUUAUUCCUCUAAGGAAUUAACUGUUAGCUAUCGACAUUUCCAUCACAAAAAACUCGUCGUUUUCUCUGACAAAGUCAAAACAAAGUCAAAUUUUUUGGGACAUGAGUUGACAAAACUUUCACUAAACAACUUGAACUCCAUGUUGAGACAUGCAUGGAACAAUUAUCACAAAUAUGGCUGGGGGUCUGAUGAGUUGAAACCUCAGUCGGCCACCGGACACAAUUGGAUGAAGUUAGGGUUGACCAUUAUCGACUCUCUUGAUACUUUGUACAUUAUGAACUUUUCAAAAGAAUAUGAAUUAGGCAAAGAGUGGGUGAUUGAAAAUUUGCAUUUCAAUAAAUCAAGAAUGGUCGAUUCGUUUGUUCUCAUAACUCGAAUACUCGGAGGCCUUCUUAGCAUAUAUCACUUAACAGAUGAUAUUAUUUAUCUGCAAAAAAUUAAAGAACUUUCUCCAAGGCUCAAGCCAUGUUUCAUUCGACGUAACACAAAACUACCAUGCCAAAAUGUCAACUUGAAAACAGGAAAAGCGUCAACAGACUACAUGUCGUCAAUAAUCUCUGAUGCAGUUAGGAGUGAGGAUGAUUUGGUGCACGACCUCAUCGACCACCAUUCCAUGUCGGCCGAUCCCGACAGUCCCGUUCAGAUUGGCAGGAACAGCGUGGGAUACUAUGAGGGAUUGCUGAAGUUGUGGCUGCAAAGUGGUCAGAAAAAUAAGGGGUUAGAGGUAAUCUUCCCCAGAACAAUAUCGGGCAUAGAGAGUCAUUUGCUCAGGACUUACAAUGACACUGAUGGUUAUCUCCUUUACUUCAAUUCAACACUCAGUAAACCUAAACCUUACAUGGAGGAGGAAUCGUGUAAACUACCAGGCUUAUUGGCACUUGCCUCCAUAGUCAAAUUGGGAGAGCCGAAACUAAAGAUGGCGCACAUACUUGCCGGGACCUGCAUUCGAAUGCACGACAAAACCGAACUCAAGCUCUGUCCACUUUCUGUUCAGUUUGCUGGCAGGAGGGGGAAGACCACAACUAUGUCUCUGAAGGAUAAAAAGAGUACUCUAGCUUCAAGUACAUUGGAAAGUUUGAUGUACCUGGCAAGGACUGACGUUCUCAACCAGUAUAAGUACUACGACGUUGCAGUUCAUAUCUGCAAGCAUCUCUUCCAGAGCACCUGGUUGAAUCAUGGUUUCGCAAGUAGGCUGGAUGUCAACAGAGUCAAAUCAAAGUACCACGAUGUUAUGGAUAGCCAUUUAUUUUCCCAGACCUUUAAAUACGCCUACAUGAUCCUGUCCAAUAGGAGCAUUAAUUUCAAUGAUUUCGUAUUCACUAGUGCUGGCCAUAUACUGCCCGUACGACGUUGA